AUGGGCUCGUCGCAGAAAGGAAUAGCCUGUGCCGGGUCUUCAGAGAAAUCCUGGCCUCGGCUCCACGCCCCUGAGCAGCCCCACCCUGGCUCAACCUGUUACCCGCCCUGCCGGCAAGCCGGGGUCACUGCAGUCCCCGUGGCGAAGCAGGGUCAGCUCAGCUCACCGCACCCCACUCCAUCCAGCCCUGCCCAUCUCUACGGCAACGGGCCGGGUCGCACCAGGGCUGCAGCCGAGAGACAACCUCACCGCUUCCGUAGCCGCCCGGGCUCUGUGCGCAUGUGCGACACUCCCUCCCUGGCCCCGCCCCCUUAUGCGUCUCCCAGGCAACGCGCCGCGCGGGGCUCCAGGUUUCGCCCAGGGUCUAACUCCGGGUCUGCGCGCGUCCAACGAGCACGGCUCUCAACCGGCCUCCUGGCGCCCAACGACCAUGGCUUCCAACCGGCCUCCGUGCGCCCAACGACCAUGACUCCCAACCGGCCUCCAGUUUCCAACUGUUUCUCGAACAGGGAAGCCGCCAUGACACAGCUGACUACGCCCUUGGUCACAGGGGACCUGAGAUCCUCCACGAUUUACGGGACCGGCGCCACCUCGGGCUCGAACCACCCUCUCGAUAGGGCCGCCGCUAAGUAAUCGGCGUAGGGGUUCAGCCGCACAUCUCCUUCCCGUGCCGCGGACCGAGCAGUCGUUGGUGCUCUUCAGGUGCGGCCUGGGUGCCCAGAGCCUUCGUUAGACUCUCGGACCCGCAAGGGAGCCCGAACUCUUUCAGACUCGCUCUCCCUCAGCCGGACCUCGGCCCUUUUUCACACCCCAGGGGAGUCUGGAUUUCUCAUAGUCCUGGGCACCAGUCCCUUCCCAGUCUAGCUCUUGGGACUCCCUGAAGCGGGAAAUCCCUCGCCUGGACUCCCGGGAGAACCUGGAAUCCCCAUCUCCAGUCCACAUUUUCUCAGAAUCGGUCCUAGCCCUUCAGUCUCCCAGGCACGACAUCGUGUGGUCCCAGCGCCCUAGGUGGUGAGCUGUGACUCUCCUUAGAGCCUGGCGAGGCCGAGGUCCUCCCCAGCUCGAACCCAUCCCACACUCCCCUUCUCAGCCUCUGUGUUCCCCAGUGGUCCUGGAAAAGCCCCCAGUUCCCUCUGCCUGGCCCCAAUCCUCACAAACCCAAUUACCCACGCUCCUUUCCAUUCCAUAACCCCAUCACUGCAUCCUCCAGGCUCCCAUCCAUGGAGGACUUGAGGUGGAAAGCAAUUUGGUUCAAAAUGACCAUUAUUUAUUACUUGAAAGGGAAUAUUUCCAGUCGUUGCCAGCCUCCUCCCCUUCUAGUAUUGGUAAAUUUUUUGCACCACUGA